GUCAGCGGAAGUGGGCGGAGUCCGGCGGAAGUGCGUGCGGGACGCCGAGAGCGCGCUGCAGUGCUAGCGGAUCGGAGAGCAGAAGCGGCGCCAUGUACCGGGUGGAGGAACGGGGCCAAGUGUACACCAGCUCCUACAAGUUGUAUUUUCGCAAUGCUCAGGGUCAGCUAAUUUCUCCUUUGCAUGAUAUCCCACUUUGGGCUUCAGAGUCACAGAAUGUGUUUAACAUGGUUGUGGAGGUUCCUCGCUGGACCAAUGCAAAGAUGGAGAUUGCAACAAAGGAACCAUUGAACCCAAUCAAACAAGAUGUUAAAAAGGGGAAAAUGCGAUUUGUGGCAAAUAUUUUCCCCUAUAAGGGAUAUAUUUGGAACUAUGGGGCUCUUCCACAGACUUGGGAAGACCCUACCCAUACUGAUGACUUGACUAAAUGUCGUGGAGACAAUGAUCCUAUUGAUGUCUGUGAAAUUGGAACCAAAGUGUAUGAAAGAGGUGAGGUUAUCCAGGUAAAAGUUCUGGGUACCCUGGCAAUGAUUGAUGAAGGUGAAACUGACUGGAAGAUUAUUGCAAUUAAUAUUAAAGAUCCUGAUGCAGAUAAAUUUAAUGAUAUUGAUGAUGUGAGAAGGCUAAAGCCAGGAUAUCUGGAAGCCUCCGUUGACUGGUUCAGGCGAUACAAGGUGCCUGAUGGAAAACCCGAAAACCAGUUUGCAUUCAAUGGUGAAUUCAAGGAUAAGGACUUUGCCAUUAAGGUGAUCAAAAGCACACACGCUUUUUGGAAAACUUUGAUAAUGAAAACAUCCUCUGUUGGAGAAAUUAACUGUACAAACACAACAGUAUCUGAUAGUCCCUUCCUGUGUUCUGAAACUGAUGCUACUGGUUUGCUGGAAAAGUUGUCAGAACACAGAUCAGGUGAUUCAGAGUCAAUGGAAGUGAACAACUGGUGGUUUGAGAAAAAGAAUUGAGCAAAGAACUUAUUAUUGCUGCUGUAAUCCAAAUUAUUCACCUGCGCUAUGUUAUCUAUACAGCAUUGAAGGAAAUGUGAAGAUGACUACUAAGUGUACAUCUGUGAUGAGUGGUAUUUACUUUUGAUAAUUUAAUUGCCCAAUAAAUAUUCAUAACCGAUCUGUCUGUUUCAUCUGAUAUUACUCA